AUGUAAAUUUCCAAAAUCAAAACCCUUCUAAAACCCAAACCCUUGGACGACCGAAAACUCUGAGUCCGUUCUUCGGCUCUGUACCAAAGCCAAUGUCUCCUCUCCGUUUCAUCUUCAUUUCACUGCCGAAGCCCCGCCCCCACUCACACCAUCACUACCGGACCUUCAUCGACGGCACAGCCAUCAGAUGGGUUAGAGACCGCGGCCUCGACCACGCCGUCGAGAGGGAGAAGAAUCUCAUACCCAUGAUCAAACUCAAGAACUUAAUCAAAUCAGAGCCCUCCAACUCUCUCCCUAUCUCCAUUAUCGCCGAAAAAAGGGACUCCCUUAAGAUACCUACUCGUCCCAUCGAGUUCGUCCGCAAGUACCCCGCGAUUUUCCAGGAGUUCCUCCCCGGCGGCACUGGAUUCCAACCCCAUAUACGGCUCACACCCGAAGUCCUCGACAUCGACGUUGAAGAACAGUUUAUGUAUCAGAGCGAGAGUUAUAAGCAGCAGGUUGCUGAUCGGCUCUUGAAGCUCUUGAUGCUCUGUAGAACCAACAAACUGCCGUUAACCCUCGUCGAGCGCCUGAAAUGGGAUGUGGGUCUUCCUGAAGACUAUCAGCAGAGCUUAAUCCCCGAGUUCCCUGACUACUUUCGAAUUGGAGUUGCCAAAGAUCGCUCAUCUGGACCAUUUUUGGAGCUCGUUUGCUGGAUUAGUGAAAUGGGGACUUCAGUUAUGGAGAAGAAGGUGAUGAAUGGCAAGUCCGAUUAUUGUAAAGGGAUGCCUAUUGCCUUCCCUAUGCAUUUAUCUAGAGGUUUUGAAAUGGAUAAGAACAUGAAGAAGUGGGAAGAUGAUUGGCAGAAGUUGCCUUAUGUUUCUCCCUAUGAAAAUGCAACUCAUCUUCCUCCUAAGGAUGAUGAAUCAGAUAAGUGGGCAGUUGCGGUUUUGCACGAGUUUCUGCAUAUUUUGGCUCCGAAGAAGACAGAGAGGGAGAAUGUGUUGUGCUUUGGAGAGUAUUUGGGUAUAAGAUCAAGGUUUAAGAGGGCACUUCUUUAUCAUCCAGGUAUAUUCUAUAUGUCAAGUAAGAAUGAAACUCAUACUGUGGUUUUAAAGGAGGGUUAUAAGAGAGGUUUGUUAACUGAGAAUCAUCCAUUGAUGAACAUGAGAAGUAAGUACAUUCAUCUUAUGAACACUUUGAAAGAAGAUAGUAAACCCAUAAGUGUGCCUGGUGGAAGUGGUAGUGCUAAAAAGCAGAAGCAGAAGCAGACUACUUCUGAUACCAAAGAAGGGGACAAAGAAGAGGAAGGAAGUAAAGAGGAGGAAGGAAGUAUAGAGGAGGAAGAAAAUGAAGGGGAGUUGUACCACUCCUCUGAUGUUGAAGAGGAUGAUGAUGACAGUAAGCAAGGUGUAGAAGAAGCUGUUGCAAUUGCAAAUAAUAGAAGAAGAUCAACGAAACCAUAUUCAGAUAAGAAAGGGCGGGGCCGAAAUUCAGAAAGGAGGUCAGCUGAAAAACAUUCUGGCAGGACUAGAGGAAGAUCUUCAUCUUCGUCCCAAAUUUCGCUAAAAACUGAAAACCAUGGUAGAAGUUCAAGAGGGAGAUCAAAUCUUUCUAGUAGCAGGGGAAGGUCAAUGCCAAACGAUACUCCUAGUUAGUGAGAUUCAGCUAUUUUGCUGCAAGAGUAUAUACACAAGGUUGGUACCCAUAUUAUCAAGAAGAGGGUUCAUCUUUCAUCUUCAUGUGAAGCAUCUGGAGCUCGCAAGGUGGUGCAGAAAGGAAGGUGAAGAAUAACAGCUGAAAGAGCGAAGUGAAUACAUGUUGUGGGAAGGAAUGUGUAGUUGAAACGAUCACACAUGCCCGAUGUUGCAAAGAUUGAAUACAGUGGUUUGUUCUUGGUGCUGUUCCCUUCAAUAGUCAUUCAACUUCUGAGGGUUGUAAGUUCUCAGUUAUUGUAAUUUUUGUUUUAAAUUCUAACUGCAAUUUUGUUCUAAUUUUGUCGGUUAAAUCCUUAGCUUGUUUCUUAUUGAUGAAUAAGUAUAAUUACUAUUUAAUAUUUUAAAAGAAAUUUAAUUAAUUAAAAAAUGAAUUUGGAUACUGAAGAUGUACAAUUAUUAGUGUUUUUUUUUUUCUUUCUUAAAUCAAAUUCUUGGUUU